GACAACUGUUGUGAUCAUGGGAACCAGAGGGGCCCUCCACUCCCACACACACACAACAAGUCUGCUUCAGACUCCUGAACCGAGCACUUGCCGGGACUCGCACAACAAAACCUUCCUAGAAACGCUAAGGAACCUGCUUUUGGAGAAAGGCGGGGAUGCGGAUCCGAGUGGUCCAGAUCUGGGGCUUCUUGAUGACCGUGCUGGGUUGGAUCUUCGUGGCUUGCACCAUGGCCAUGGAAGGCUGGAAGAUCACCUCGGUCGGGGGCAUGGGGGGCUCCUCCAUUCUGAAGGUGGCCUGGUACUGGUCCAGUCUGUGGAGAGCUUGUUUCACAGAUUCCACGUCCGUCAGCAACUGCUACGACUACCCCGUGCUCUGGUCCGUGGAAGGCCACAUCCAGAUCGUGCGAGGCCUGCUGAUGGCCGCCCUGUCCCUGGGCGUGCUGGGCUUCGUGCUCAGCAUGCUGGGCAUGGAGUGCACCGUCAUUGGGGGCAAAGACCCCUCCAAGUUCAAGAAGAUCUACACCGGCGGUUGCUUCCACAUCAUCAGCGGUUUACUGUCCACCAGCGGAUAUGUUGUCUAUGCCCAAUACGUCUCAGGAGAAUAUUUCAACCCCAACUUCGAUGGACUGAAGUACGACCUGGGCACCCCGCUGUUCCUGGGCUGGGUGGGCUCCUGCUUCCAGAUGGCGGGCGGCGUCUUCUAUCUGUGGUCCGCUUGUAAGCCGCUGUGUGGACAAGAACAAACGGUGAUCAUCCGGCCGGUCCCAGACCCGGAAAAGGACCCCAAGACCAAGUCCACCACGGAGCUGUCCUCAGUGUCGGGAAUCACCUCCAAAACCAAAGUGUCCUCCGUGUCUGAGCUGUCGUCAGAACGCUCCGACGUGUCCGCCCUCUCCUCGGCGUCCACAUCCAGAGGCUCGGUCCAGUCCAGGAGCAGACCGCUCGCCUCUUCUGCCGGGUCGGCCGUCUCGUCAAGGUCCGGCGUGUCGACGAGGUCGGGGUCCAGCGGCGGAAGUCGUGUCUCGUCGCUGUCUGGCAGCUCCGGGACCGGGAGAGCAUCCUUUCUGAAAAACUCCUACAUCUGAGGCAGGGGUGUCCAACAUUUUUACACUGAAGAAUCAAAGCAAGCGGGGGCCAUUUUGAUAUGUUUUUAUUUCAAAAACCAAUACAAAAUAUGUGUAAAAAUAUACAUUUAAGCCUCCACUCAGGCUUGAUCCCAGGGACCCCAAAGGAUUUUGGUCUAAAAAAUAAUUAAAAUGUGUCAUUAUUUUGUAUUAUUGUUAUUCAAGGUUUAAAUCUCUAGAUCAACAUUAGGUCUAUUUGUCAAUAAAACGUUUUUAAAAAUUUAAA